AUGGAAGAAGCUGUGGCUUUUCACGGGGCCAGGGUUCCUGAUGAGCAUCGCGUUCCUCGAUCCGGGGAAUCUGGAGGGAGAUCUGCAGGCGGGGGCGCGAAUUGGGCGAGGCUCGUGCUUUGGGUGAUGGCGGAGGUGGCGUUGAUUGGGGCGGAUAUACAGGAGGUUAUUGGGAGUGCGAUUGCGAUCAAGAUUCUGAGCGGGGGAGUUGUGCCGCUCUGGGGUGGAGUUGUUGUUACUGCAUUAGACUGCUUUGUGUUCUUGUUCCUUGAGAAUUACGGUGUUCGGAAGUUAGAAGCUGUUUUUGCCAUUCUUAUUGCUACUAUGGCAGUCUCAUUUGCUUGGAUGUUUGGUGAAACCAAACCCAAUGGCAAGGAGCUUCUAAUAGGUAUUUUUCUAUUAUGGACUGAUCCUAUUGUUUUGAUUGCUUAUUAA